AUGCUGCCGACAGAUGCUAAGGACGUUGGAAGACGGAGUUCUUUGGAACAACAGAGCAAAUUACUCUCAAUCAGAUUGAAUAAUGCAGGCAAACGCACCAGUUUAGCAAGAGGGUACUCUAGAGCCAAGAAAUCUAUUGGUUCUUCUUACCAGAGAGUUAGUAUCACGCCUAGGAAUGGAUACGAUCACCCAAAUACGAGCACUCUUCUGAGAAACAGCAGUCCGAAAGGAUCCGACUCAGUUUCAGGCUUGACAUCAGGUUCAUUGGCAGUUAAAAAGCCUAACGCGGGGAUUGGCAACCGAUCAAGCAUUCUAGCUGGUAAAGAAGUAGAUAAGUUCAAGAAUAUGUCUUUGCAGGAUUUUGAAAUAGGUAAAAUACUAGGAAAGGGAAAAUUUGGAAAAGUAUACUGUGUGAAACACAAGGAGACCGGACUAAUAUGCGCUUUGAAAGCAAUGGAAAAGAAAGAGAUUGUACAGUAUACCAUACAAAAACAAUUUAGAAGAGAAGUUGAAAUUCAGGGUUCUUUUAAACAUAAAAACCUAACGCAAUUGUAUGGUUUCUUUUACGAUGAAAAACGCGUGUACCUCUUAAUGGAGUAUGUUUACCAUGGAGAACUGUACAAGUUUUUAAAGAACAAUGGUCCAUUGAAUGAAUCACUGGCAUCUUAUUUCGUGUAUCAGAUGGCAAAUGCGCUGGACUACAUGCAUAGCAAAAAAAUUCUUCACCGAGAUAUAAAACCGGAGAAUAUUCUUAUUGGAUUUAAUAACACGAUUAAGCUAACGGAUUUUGGCUGGAGUGUUUUAAACGAGAAAGGUCAGAAAAGGAAAACACUAUGUGGAACCAUAGACUAUCUUUCUCCAGAACUAAUAAAGUCAAGAGAAUAUGAUGACAAAGUGGACGUUUGGGCUUUAGGUGUGCUAACAUAUGAGCUUCUAGUUGGUUCACCUCCAUUCGAAGAGAAUACGAAAGAAAUGACAUACAGAAGAAUAUUGAGGUGCGAUAUUAGAUUCCCUCCUCACGUAUCUCCUCAGGCAAGAGAUCUCAUAGGAAAACUACUGCAAUUUGAGCCUACUAACAGGAUUCCUCUCUCCGAAGUGAAAUCUCACACUUGGAUUACUUCUCAUAAGCCAUCUUGGUCAUCACUUCAAAGUGAUUGA